AGAGGACUCGGUUUCCCAGAGGGCCGAGCGGCCGGUGUGGCUGCCCGGGAAGGAGGCCGUCGCUGCCGCUGCAGGAACCGCCGAGCGGCCUCAUGGCCCAGGCCGGGCCCGGCGAGCCCGAGGACUCGGAGCUGGCCCUCGGUCGACCCUUCCGCCUCCGCGGCCAGAGCUCGGCCUUCGCGCAGCGCAGCCACAGCGUGUUCGACGGGCUGGACGCGCCCGGCCCGCCGCCCCGGGACGCCGCCCCGCGCCUGCCCGACUACCUGGUGCACCCCGAGCGCUGGACCAAGUACAGCCUGGAGGACGUGGCCGUGGCCAGCGAGCGCGGCAACCGGGAGGCCGCCCUGGCCUUCCUGGGCGCGCGCUGCUCCCCCGCCUCCGCCCAGGAGCCCCGCGGCCGCGUCCUCUUCACCAGACCCGCCCGGCCCGAGAGGAAGAGGCCGCCGGCGCAGGACGCGGCGCCGGGCCCGGUGGAGCUGGCGCACCUGGCCGCCGAGGCCAGUCCGGAGGCCGCCGAGGCCAGUCCGGGGCAGCAGCGGGAGCCCCGGCCGCCCGGCAGCCCCGUGCGCUUCCACGGCGCCAGGAAGCGCAGCCGGCAGCACCUGCGCUGCAAGGGCAGUGACCGCGAGGGCCCGGCCGAGGAGGCGUGAGCCCCGGGCACCGCGCACAAUAAAGGCUUGUGGUCGUCCUGGACUCUUCC